GAGGAUGUUAGCUAAGCUCUGCCUGUAAGGUUGGGAGAGAGAGAGAAAAGGAGGACGGAGCAACGUGUUUUGGGUCAUUGACGGCUCAUUAUUUUAAAUUUCACUGAUCGUUGGUUCAUCGGGUCUAAAUGAAUGAACACUAAAUGACAACAGCUGGCGGACAAACAGCCUGACUUGUAUUAAUUCUUGCACCGAGAGAGAGAGAGAGAGAGAGAGCACACCUCGACCCGGGACUACACACACACAUACACACACACACUACAGUAAGUUUCCAAUGUGUGAAGCACCCACCACCCCUCCCUUCCUGGACACCCCCGGUCCAUUCUCCAGCGGUCCCACGUCAUUUUCCCUCCUCCCUCGCCGACUGAGUAGCAAGGUUUAGAGGGAUUAAUUCGACCAGCUAGAAAUAAAAUUAAAACGCCGGGAAAAUGUCGGGGAGCGAGGAUGAGAGGGAAGACUUUGGAGCCACGGACGAGCACUCACUUCUUCACGAUGAGGACGAGCCGGAGGAUGCUGUGUCUGACGUAGACGAGGUACCCAAGUCUAAGAAGAAGAAGAAAGCCAAGAAAAGCAGCAGAGAGAGCAGGAGCAGCAAGAGGCAGAGAUCCAUCAGAGAGGAGCUCCCAGUCAGCUCCCCAGAGCACCUGAUUGGUUUAGAAACAGCAGAGAGGGAUGUAGAUGAGGGAGGUGUGCGGUCAGAGAGUGAAGGAAGUGAUUAUGCCCCUGGGAGGAAAAAGAAAAAACGCUCCAGCUCUGCCAAAGACAAGAAGAAAGGAGGUGCGUCAGCAGAGAAAGGAGGCUCAUCCAGCUCAAAGAGCAAACGCAAAGAUCCAGAACCAGAGGAUGAUGAGGAUGAUGACGAUGAUUGCCAGCCUAAAAGCUCUUCCCAGCUGCUGGAGGCCUGGGGCAUGAAAGACAUUGACCACGUUUUUACUCAGGAAGAUUACAGCUCUCUCACCAACUACAAAGCCUUCAGCCAGUUUGUCAGGCCUUUAAUUGCAGCUAAGAACCCUAAAAUUGCUGUGUCCAAGAUGAUGACUUUGAUGAUGGCUAAGUGGAGAGAAUUCAGCACAAACAACCCUCUGAAGGGUUGUGCCUCUGCCAACGCAGCUAUGGCAGCUGCCAACGUGGCUGCAGCUGUGGAGAAUAUGGUGGUGGUGGGGGCAGACGGAGGGACAGAGACUGGCACUGCCACUUCGCUCACACCUGCUUCUACUCCUGUCGCUGCUCAGAUGCCUGCUGCACCUCCAGCACCUCCUGCACCUCCACUCCGCAAGGCCAAGACCAAAGAGGGCAAAGGUCCCAAUGCUCGCAAGAAGUCGAAGCCUGUUCCCAAGCCGCAACCGAAGCCCAAACCCAAGAAGGUGGCUCCUCUCAAGAUCAAACUAGGGGGCCUCAACAGCAAGAGGAAACGCUCCUCUAGUGAUGAAGACGAACCAGAUGUUGAUAGUGACUUUGAUGAUGGGAGUUACAAUGUGUCAGAUGGCUCCAAUCGCAGCAGCCGUAAGAAGAAGCCCAAGAGCUCAAAGAAAAAGAAAAAAGUGGAGACAGAGGAUGGUGAUGGCUAUGAGACAGACCAUCAGGACUACUGUGAAGUGUGCCAGCAAGGAGGAGAAAUUAUUUUGUGUGACACCUGCCCGAGAGCUUAUCACAUGGUCUGUCUGGACCCUGACAUGGAGAAAGCACCUGAGGGCAAGUGGAGCUGCCCACACUGUGAGAAGGAGGGGAUCCAAUGGGAGGCCAGGGAUGAUCUCUCUGACGCUGAAGGAGAGGAUGAGGAUGACAGGAGGGAUGAAGGGCUGGAAGAGGAAGACGACCACCACAUUGAGUACUGUCGGGUGUGCAAGGAUGGAGGGGAGCUGCUUUGCUGUGACACCUGCCCCUCCUCCUACCACAUCCACUGCCUCAACCCUCCUCUCCCUGAAAUCCCUAAUGGAGAAUGGAUCUGCCCCCGCUGCAAGUGUCCACCAAUGAAGGGUAAAGUCCAGAAGGUUUUGACAUGGCGCUGGGGGGACCCACCAGCCCCCAUGCCUGUCCCCCGCCCUGCUGACCUGCCUGCUAAUGCUCCUGAUCCCCCACCUCUGGUGGGCCGCAGGGAGAGGGAGUUCUUUGUCAAAUGGUGCAACAUGUCUUACUGGCACUGCUCCUGGGUGCAGGAGCUACAGUUGGAACUGAACUGCCAGGUGAUGUUCCGUAACUACCAGAGGAAGACUGAUAUGGAUGAACCUCCGCCUGUAGACUUUGGAGGCGAGGGUGAUGAUGACAAGAGCACUAAGAGGAAGAACAAAGAUCCUCUCUUUGUCCGCAUGGAGGAGGACUUUUAUCGCUUUGGAGUUAAGAUGGAGUGGCUGAUGAUCCACCGAAUCCUCAACCACAGUGUUGAUAAGAAGAACAACGUACAUUACUUGAUCAAAUGGAGAGAUCUACCCUAUGACCAGUCAACCUGGGAGAGUGAAGACAUGGACAUCCCCGAGUAUGACACCUACAAACAGACAUACUGGAAUCAUAGAGAGCUGAUGAUGGGUGAGGAGGGCAGACCUGGAAAGAAGCUGAAGAAGCCAGUUAAAGUCAGGAAGGCUGAGCGGCCUCCUGCUAAUCCAGUUGUUGAUCCCACCAUCAAGUUUGAUCGGCAGCCUGACUACCUGGACAGCACAGGGGGCACUCUGCAUCCUUACCAGCUGGAGGGGUUGAACUGGCUAAGGUUUUCUUGGGCUCAGGCCACAGACACGAUCCUGGCUGAUGAGAUGGGCUUAGGCAAAACUGUACAAACGGCCGUCUUCCUCUACUCGUUGUACAAGGAGGGUCACUCCAAAGGUCCCUUCCUGGUCAGUGCCCCCCUGUCCACCAUCAUUAACUGGGAGAGAGAGUUUGAGAUGUGGGCCCCUGACAUGUAUGUGGUGACCUAUGUAGGGGACAAAGACAGCAGGGCUGUCAUCAGAGAGAAUGAGUUCUCCUUUGAGGGCAAUGCCAUCCGAGGGGGAAAGAAGGCAUCCAAGAUGAAGAAAGACUCACCGGUCAAGUUCCAUGUUCUCUUGACAUCCUACGAGUUGAUUACCAUCGACCAGGCUGUGCUGGGCUCCAUUGAAUGGGCCUGUCUGGUUGUGGAUGAGGCACACAGACUCAAGAACAACCAAUCCAAGUUCUUCCGAGUCUUGAACAACUACCCCUUGCAACACAAGCUGCUGUUGACCGGCACUCCUCUCCAGAACAACCUGGAGGAGCUCUUCCAUUUGCUGAACUUCCUGACCCCAGAGAGAUUCAACAACCUGGAAGGCUUUCUGGAGGAGUUUGCAGACAUUGCCAAAGAGGACCAGAUCAAGAAGCUCCAUGACAUGCUGGGACCACACAUGCUCAGGAGGCUGAAGGUUGAUGUUUUCAAACACAUGCCUUCAAAGACUGAGCUCAUUGUUAGGGUGGAGCUGAGCCCCAUGCAGAAGAAGUACUACAAGUUCAUUCUAACACGUAACUUUGAAGCACUGAACACUCGUGGAGGAGGAAACCAAGUCUCUCUCCUCAAUGUGGUGAUGGACCUCAAAAAGUGCUGCAAUCACCCCUACCUCUUUCCUGCAGCUGCUACAGAAGCCCCAAAACUUCCAAAUGGGAUGUAUGAAGGCACUGCUCUGACCAAGGCUUCAGGAAAACUGAUGCUGCUUCAUAAGAUGAUGAAGAAACUGAAGGAGGGAGGCCACAGGGUUCUGGUCUUCUCUCAGAUGACCAAAAUGCUUGACUUACUGGAGGACUUCCUGGAAAAUGAGGGAUACAAAUAUGAAAGAAUUGACGGAGGAGUGACUGGCAACUUGAGACAGGACGCCAUUGACCGUUUUAAUGCUCCUGGUGCUCCCCAGUUUGCUUUCCUUCUCUCCACUAGAGCUGGUGGUUUGGGUAUUAAUCUCGCCUCUGCUGACACUGUCAUCAUCUAUGACUCUGACUGGAACCCCCACAAUGACAUUCAAGCUUUUAGCAGAGCUCAUCGUAUUGGGCAGAACAGGAAGGUGAUGAUCUAUCGCUUUGUCACCAAAGCCUCUGUGGAGGAGAGGAUCACACAGGUGGCAAAGAAGAAGAUGAUGCUCACUCAUCUGGUGGUGCGACCAGGCCUUGGCUCCAAGACGGGCUCCAUGUCCAAACAGGAGCUGGAUGAUAUCCUGAAGUUUGGAACUGAAGAGUUGUUCAAGGAUGAAGUCGGAGAUGGGGACAACAAGGAGGACGACAGCAGUGUGAUCCACUAUGAUGACCAGGCAAUUGAACGCUUGCUAGACAGGAACCAGGAUGCCACAGAUGACACUGAGCUUCAAAAUAUGAACGAAUACCUCAGCUCAUUUAAAGUGGCCCAGUACGUAGUCAAAGAUGAAGAUGACGAGGAGGAGGAGGUGGAAAGGGAGGUGAUUAAACAGGAAGAAAGUGUCGAUCCUGACUACUGGGAGAAGUUGCUUCGACACCACUACGAGCAGCAGCAGGAGGAUCUCGCCCGCAAUCUGGGCAAAGGCAAAAGAACUCGAAAGCCAGUCAACUACAAUGACGGCUCCCAGGAGGACCGAGGUAUAAGACAGGACUGGCAAGAGGAUCAGUCGGAUAACCAGUCUGAUUACUCGGUGGCAUCAGAGGAGGGCGAUGAGGACUUUGAUGAACGAAGUGAAGCUAAUGCCCGCAGACCGAACCGCAAAGGGCUGAGGAAUGACAGGGACAAACCUCUGCCUCCGCUGCUGGCCAGGGUUGGUGGGAACAUUGAGGUGUUGGGCUUCAAUGCACGACAGCGCAAGGCUUUCCUGAAUGCAGUGAUGCGUUAUGGGAUGCCUCCGCAGGAUGCUUUUACCAAUCAGUGGCUGGUCAGGGACCUCCGAGGGAAAUCUGAGAAAGAAUUCAAGGCCUAUGUGUCUCUGUUCAUGCGUCACCUCUGUGAGCCGGGGGCUGAUGGAGCUGAGACCUUCGCAGAUGGUGUCCCACGUGAAGGUCUGUCAAGGCAACAUGUGCUUACUCGCAUUGGUGUGAUGUCCCUUAUAAGAAAAAAGGUGCAGGAGUUUGAACAUGUGAACGGUCAGUGGUCAAUGCCUUGGAUGGCAGAGCUGGAGGAGAACAAAAGGGCUGCUGCUUUGGCUGCUGGUGAAGACCCUAAGACUCCUUCUACUGGGACCCCUGCAGACACGCAGCCCAACACUCCUGUCCCAGAGGAUUUGUCCAAAUCAGAUGACAAGGAAGAUGUGAAGAAGGAGGGUGAGGAGGCCAAAGGAGGCAAGAAAGCAGAUGACCCAGAGAUCAUUGAAAUCCCAGACGAGUCUGACAAAUCCCCUGUACUUGAAAAGAAAGGAGAGCUCAACCCUGCUUCAGGAAAGGAGGAGAAAGAGAAGGAACCUGGAGAUGAAGGGAAGGAGAAGGAGGCUGAAGAUGUGAGCAAAGAGAAAGAUGAGAAAGACAAGACUUCAGAGAUGGAGAAGGAUACUGUCACUGAGGUCAAGGGUGAGGGCUCAGAGGGCAAGAUGGAUUCAGAAGAGGACAAAUCUAAAGCUGAGGACAGCAAAGAUGAAAAGAUGGCCAUUAUUUCACCUACAGAGGAGAAGAAAGAGCAAAAAGAGGAGAAGGACGGUGUGAAAACAGACGAGUCUGGCAAACUGCAGAAUGGGGAGAACACCAAAGAUGGAGGAAUAGCUGUGCCAGUUGUUAACAUCAGCGAGGAGAAGAAGAAAGCCACCAAGCAGAGGUUCAUGUUCAACAUUGCUGAUGGCGGAUUCACAGAGCUUCACUCUCUCUGGCAGAAUGAAGAGCGGGCAGCCACUGUUACCAAGAAGACCUUUGAAAUUUGGCACCGUCGCCAUGACUACUGGCUGCUGGCUGGCAUCAUACAACACGGGUACGCCCGGUGGCAGGAUGUGCAGAACGAUGUCAGGUUUGCCAUCCUCAACGAGCCCUUCAAAGGGGAGAUGAGCAGAGGAAAUUUCCUGGAGAUCAAGAACAAAUUUCUGGCUCGCAGGUUUAAGUUACUGGAACAGGCACUGGUGAUUGAGGAGCAGUUGCGCAGGGCGGCCUACCUGAACAUGACAGAGGACCCAGCCCACCCCUCCAUGGCCCUCAACACUCGCUUCAGCGAAGUGGAGUGUCUUGCCGAGUCCCACCAGCACCUCAGCAAGGAGUCCAUGUCUGGAAACAAGCCUGCCAAUGCAGUGCUGCAUAAAGUUCUCAAACAGCUUGAGGAACUCCUGAGUGACAUGAAGGCAGACGUCACACGUCUCCCAGCAACCAUUGCCAGGAUACCCCCGGUCGCUGUGCGGCUGCAGAUGUCCGAGAGGAACAUCCUCAGCCGACUAGCCAGCCGUGGCCCCGACGUCGCCGCUCAGAACCAGUCACAGACCUCACAGCAGAUGCAGGUGCCUCGCUAAUCAAUCACCUCGAACGCUUAAUGCUCACUGACAAAGGCCAUUCGCCCUCACCGCCAUGUAGCAGACGUCCUCCCCCCUUAGCCACCAUGUACAGCACAGUCAGGUUAGUCCUCCUCGCUCUGCACCCACGACCCAUCUCCGGACUCAGAAGAGCAUCAGCUGUACUUCGGGACAUUGAUUUCUAUUGACUGGGACUGUAGAUGUAGGAUGGGAGUGAAUGGAAGAAUCAGCUCUUUCUGUGGUAUGCUAGAAUCUUUCUCCUCCACUGGAAUUCAGAUUUAACUCCUCUAACUGGAGCACUGUCGUUGUGACUGAACUCGGGGCAGCUCCACUGUACUGUUCUGUCUUUACAGCAGGGUCAAACAUGUAUGUAACUAUUUGUAUCAUGAAGUUGAAGAGGCUAGAUUGAGAAAAAGCAGCAUGUGUGGAACAUACUGGUGCUUUGUGGUGACUUUUGAAUUAUUAAAGAAUUCAAGGGGUUUUACAGUGCCCGUUUUCACCUUUUAGAAAAUUGUGAAAUUGGAUUUUUUUUUCCUCAUCUUUAAUGUUCUCACCUGUAUGUGAAUGGAGAGAGUGUGUAUGUCUGUUUCCUGUAUAUAUGUAUAAACAGGGCAUAUUGAUGUGCAUCUCUACUGCAGAAUGCCCAGACACUGUUGCUAUCACUUUUCUAUCAGUCACAUCUGUUACCUCUUACCUUCCAUCCCAAACAUCCACCUGUCUUGGCAGGUGACCUGAUCUGGGGUCAGCUCUUUGUGCAGGACCUUGACAUUCCUGACUGCAUCACAGAUUUGCUCCCUGGAAACACUCUUGUGUUAUCUCUGAAAUACAGACACGUGAUAGCUCCACAGCUUCUAGGUACGUGGGAUGGUUUAGAGAACAGUGUCAGUCUUAAUUUAAUUUAAUUCCUUAGUGUCUAUUGUUAUGCUAUUAUGGUUAUGGUUACCACCUUGUUGUUUUUAUCUUUGCUGUCUGUUUUUAUGGACUACAAUAAAAAAGUAAACAUCU